CACAAUAAUUUUUCACAUGCACUGUCCUUGCUCAGUUAUCCUACUUUGUGAUUCUGUUCGUCCUGGUUUACAGUUUCCUGUUUCCCCUCAGCAAGGGCUAACAGCUCACUACAGAGCCCAGAUCCUAUCCUGUGUAAAUUUACAGGCAAGUUGGUGCGUCAUUGUCAUUGUACUGGCAAAGCUUAACGACCAAUUUCUAGACUAUACACAUCUCCCUCUUGAACUAUAGCUUAUUUGGCAAUUUUUUUCGGGGGAAAAGGGUGGGGACUGUUUUUGAAAUGAAGAUAUCUAGUUGAAACCUGACUAUAAAUAGAAAAGGGUAGUCAGGUGGGAGAAUAUUCUUCAUGAGGGGACAGCUUAAUUUGUCAACUGAAAACAAACUGUUAACGGCCAUGUCAAUGUAACGGACAGUUAAAUUUGAAGAAAGUAAAAAAAAAAAUAUUGAUUUCAUUGCAACAACCGAGCACGAUGCUUUGUGUCUUCUGCAUGACCAUGUAAAUCUACAGGUAUACAGUGUUACUGUUUAACUUUGCUGAAAGCGAUUGGAUAGGGUAGUGUUUCCUCUCAGACGCAGAUAAAUUUUUUUGACACACUUCCGUAUUUCAGUACAGCAGACGGAGCAGCAUUAGUACGAGAUCCGGGAGCGCAGCAUUCAGCGGUAAGCGUGUGAGGGUGGGAGUGGAUAAGGAAAAGAGGAUUCAUACGCCUGGAAGUACACCCUUUUAUAUAUCAGUUUCGAACACGAGCGUACAACUUGAAUUAAACCACUAGGCUAAAGAAGGAUUCCCCAACCAAGAUGGCCUCCGCAAAUGACUCCCGGCAGCAGCAGCAGCAGCAGGCCCAGAAGGACGCGGCGGACCAGAACUUCGACUACAUGUUCAAGCUGCUGAUCAUCGGGAACAGCAGCGUGGGCAAGACCAGCUUCCUGUUCCGCUACGCCGACGACUCCUUCACCUCCGCCUUCGUCAGCACCGUGGGCAUCGACUUCAAGGUCAAGACCGUCUACCGCAACGACAAGCGGGUCAAGCUGCAGAUCUGGGACACAGCUGGGCAGGAGCGCUACAGGACCAUCACCACAGCCUACUACAGAGGAGCCAUGGGCUUCCUGCUCAUGUAUGACAUCACCAACCAGGACUCAUUCAAUGCUGUGCAGGACUGGGCGACACAGAUAAAGACGUACUCCUGGGACAAUGCGCAGGUGAUCCUGGUGGGGAAUAAGUGUGAUCUGGAGGAUGACCGGCUCGUCCCCACUGAAGAGGGCCAGCGGCUGGCAGAUGAGUUAGGUUUCCAGUUCUUUGAGGCCAGUGCCAAAGACAACAUUAAUGUGAAGCAAGUGUUUGAGCGUCUGGUAGACGUCAUCUGCGAGAAGAUGAACGAGAGUAUGGAUGGGGAGCCCAGCCCCCUAGCCAAUCACCGGGCUCCUACCCUGCAAGACACGCCCCCUGAGAGCCAGGGUGGCUGCUCCUGCUAACCUAAGCUCCGCCCCACUGAAUGCGACAUGAAAUAACCCCAGAACACAAUAACCUGAGAUGACACACUAACCCAACGCCCUCAUUUGGCCCCCCCUGACAGUCCCCCCCCACCAUCCCCCACCCCCUGGAUGUACUCCCUCUGAUGCCAAAACAUUGAGUGACUCUUCCCCCCCAAGCCUCUUCAUCCGCUUCAUACAGCUCCUCGAAUAACCGUGUUGUUGCCUGAAACUCGUGUGAAAUGCACGCUAUCUUGCCUGUAAUGCUUUCUAAAAUGUACCACAAUUUCCCUUCCAAUUCCCCCUGCCCCCCAUAUACAAGUUCAUCAGCUUUGAGAGUCUGCCCCUCCCAUUUUUAUUUAACACCAUGCCACCUGUUUGAAAUAACUGAAGGGGGAAACGGCAAACACUGUGAAUGCUCCCCACCCGUCUGGGUUUCCACUACCCCUGGAGCCGUGUUAUUCUGCCUCUGUCACCAUGAACACACGCUGCUUAGUGUCCGCAAAGCAAGUAGCAAAACCAGAAGACUUAGUCGUAAACACUGUUUCAGCACUCUUGCACUACUAUCGUGUUUUUAUUUUUAAGAGAUAAUAAUAUACCUAACACCCGCCGCACGUCCUUUUCUCCGCGUUUAAACCGUCUCACAAGUGCACGAGAGCGGUCCGCCCGAGCUCGCUCUGACCCUCACUGUGCGUUUAAGUGCCCGUGGGAGGC